ACUGGUCAUCAUAUAGUAUUGUUGUUGAAGUAUAUAAUGAUCUCCUGGUCCUGUUGAGCUCUGUAUUCUAAUCCCUAUUUUGUAAUGAGAAAAUUUAAAGAGUAAUUCCACAACUUCUCAACCAUCCCACAGCUAGUUUAUGGUAAAAUUGGGAUAAGAACCCACUUUUCUGACUCUUAGUACAAAUGCUUUCUUUGGCAAACAGUCCAGAUCCCUGAAUCUGCCAUCUCUUUUGUCGUCUUCAGCUUCAUCAUUCCCGGAUUAAAUUUUUUUUCCCUACAACCUUUCUCUUAACUCUUUUGUCACUUUUAUCAGAAGGUUCUUUCAGCCAGGUCACAGGUGACUGGCUCUUGGGAGGAGGUAAUAGGAUAUAAUAGAGAAGGCUGAGGCUUUGAGCCAGAGAACUUGUAUAGAAAUUCCAUCUCUGCUACUCACUACCUGUGUUAUCUUAGGGCAGGUCAAUGACCUUCUGGGCCUCCUCAAUAUCACAAACUCUCAGAAAAGUCAGGGCCUUCAGAAGCCAUCUCAGUCAACUGAUAGCAGAAUAAAAAUCUUUUUCUUUCUCCAUUAAAUGAAGGUCUUCCCUUCCAGUUCCAAAUGCUAUGAAGGUAUGAAUCAUCCUCCACAGAGGAGCUCUCCAAAAAAGGAAACAGGACCCUGAGGUACAAGGUAUCAAGGAGGGAAUUGAAAGAUGGAAUGGUAAGGUGACAUAUCAGUGUAUCACCAGAAGAAAGAGUGAAGAAGGCUAAAAGAAAAGAGAAUUAACUCUCUACAUAUAUAACUCUUUAAAGUUUGUGUUAUCUCUUUUGACAUUCACAAAACUAUUAUUACAGGUACCAUCAUCAUCAUUUUAUAGACAAAUUGAUAAAGCUCUGAGAUUGACUUGUCUGUUUUCAUGCAAACAUUACUUAUUAGAGGCAGGAUUUGAACUCAGAUCUUGUUGUCCCUCUAAAAAUUUGGUUGAGAAUGGUAUAACAGAGACAAGCUUCCCCGGGGCUUUUAUGGACUAGAACUGCCAUUGAGUCUCUGAGACAAUCCACUGGAGUUGCUACUUUUUACAGCAUCCUCCUUACACCUCAGUUUCAGCUUCUUGGACUCCUUUCUCCCGGGUUGACAUUUCCGAUGGUUUCUGCAACAAAACAAGUUUACUUGAGGCCACCUGGGGAAAACAGAAGAGGAGGAGUUUACCUCUCUUCGGGGAGCAUGACACAGUGCAAGGGCAGAGCUGCUUCUGGGGACCCCAUGUUGGGUUGGGCCACAGAGAUGGGCCCCCAUCCUCCCCCACGACAUCCUUUUCUCCAUCAGAGAAGUGCCCCACCCCCUCAUGGGCUUCUUCACAGGCCCCUUUGUCCCGGUCCCCUCCUUCCCCUAUCUCUACAACAGACUCUUUGUCUCCCUGGGGUGGGAGGGGGUUGGGAAACCAGAGACCCUGAAUGAGUAGCUUCCCACAAUUCAGUUCCACAGUUCCAGCUAGAAGAGAGGAGGGGACGGCACACCUGAGCUGCAGGUUGUUGGGGGGGGAGGGGGAAGGACAGGCUUUCUGGGCCGUUACCCUGGUAAUUGCCACCUGAGCCUGGCGCCACACACUUGUUGCCUAGGGAACAGGGCAGGCAGGGCCCCUCCCCUGGGAGAUGCAAGAGCCCUUGGGCUGAGACUGAGACAGAUCAGAUUCCCUAGAUCCUGGGGGUGGAGGGAAACAGAAACUAGGAGGGGGAGGAAAGGGUAUAGGGACUGAAGAGAGAUACUGGGACAGGAGAGCUGAGCUGCUGUGAAAUGGAGGGACUAUUACAGAAGGUAGGAUGGGGUCAGCAGAAUCAAGAGAGAUAGGGAGGGAACAAGGCAUCAAGGAACUGAAAUUUAGGGAAAUUUAGGAGUCAAUUUAGAUUUACGAUUCAAGCUGUUUGGCUUAUUGCAAUAUAUCGUCACCCCUCCUCCCCCCCCCCCCCUUCUCAAGGGAACCCAAAGUAAUAGCACCAUCCCUGACUUUUUAUUCUAUAUAUCUUUUUCUCCAUAGCUUUGUCAUUUGGACGUUCUCUUAUUACUUUCCCUUUUCCUUCCUAUACAGCCAUUGCAAACUCACCAUGUAGCGCCCCCCCACCCCUCCACAAAUGGCCCUAGAACCCACAUUAGAGUCCUCUGGGCACCUUCCCAGCUCCACCCCCCCACCUCCUCGUUGCUGUGGUUCCCCCAAUCACCAGCUCCUAGACUCCCACUUCACUCCUCCCCUAGCUCCAGUCCUAUAACCACUCCUGCCCUUGCCCUUCCAGUUUCAGACACUUGUGAAAUCUUGGGGAGUAAGUCACCUAGACAAGGAGCAUCAGGGCUUGAGAGCUGACCCAAAGGAAAAACUAUCAGAUCUCCAAGACCACUCCCAGCACACUAGAAAGCGAAUGUAAAAAAUCUCCCCAGACUCGUCCAGAGCAGAAGCAUAGACUAAGCAGGGGAGCAUCCGACAGCUUCCUGGAAAGCAAACAGGAACAGCAGCAACUACAAAGACCUUAUUAUAUAGGACCUUUUUAGGGGAAAAUAACCAGGAUCCUUCAGGUAGGGGAAAAGGUGAUUGAUCAGAUAUAGGGGUCAACAAUCAACUGUGAAGAAUCCAGUUCAAAUGGAGAUGUUUCUUGAACUUUAAAAGAAAAAGAACAGCAAAACUGGAGAAGAGAUCCGAUCAAGAUCUGUCAUUGAGGAAGGAAGUAGCCCAGUCUCGGACAAGGGGAUCAUUGAUUUCAACCAAGGGUCAUAAAGAUUGAGAAGACCUAAGGGAAGAUGGCUUCAGCUGGGCUGGAACUCCUGGGCCUGACUCUAGUGGUGUUGGGCUGGCUGGGGACCCUAGUGUCCUGCGCCCUGCCCCUGUGGAAGGUCACAGCCUUCAUUGGCAACAGCAUCGUGGUGGCCCAGGUGGUGUGGGAAGGCCUGUGGAUGUCGUGUGUGGUCCAGAGCACCGGCCAGAUGCAGUGCAAGGUGUAUGACUCCCUGCUGGCUCUGCCCCAGGACCUACAGGCAGCUCGGGCCCUCUCUGUCAUUGCUCUGAUGCUUGCUUUGCUGGGUCUGUUGGUGGCUAUCACUGGAGCCCAGUGUACCACAUGUGUGGACGACGAAACAGCCAAAGCAAGGAUUGUGCUGACCUCAGGGAUCAUCUUCCUCAUCUCUGGGAUCUUGGUACUGAUCCCCGUGUGCUGGACAGCCCAUGCCAUCAUCCAGGACUUCUACAAUCCCCUGGUGGCUGAAGCUCUGAAGCGGGAGUUGGGGGCUUCGCUUUACCUGGGCUGGGCAGCUGCUGCCCUGCUGAUGUUAGGGGGAGGACUGUUGUGCUGCACUUGUCCCCCACCUCAGCCUGACCGGCCUAGGGGACCCCAGCUGGGAUAUUCUGCUGCCUCCCGAUCAGGGGCCUCUGGUCUGGAUAAACGGGAUUAUGUGUGAGACAGAAGAAUCAGCAUCCCCAACUUCAGUCCGAACAAAGGCUCUGAAAGUCAUUCAAGAACAUCUUUCUGAAUAUAUUAGCCAGAAAUAACCCUGGCUCCAGUGUUGGACUUGGUUUACCCUAAUAUUAGCUCAAAAUCCUAAGUCAAUGGAACAUUUCAAUUUUAAGAACUCCCUAUGUGUAUCAUUAACUCUGAAGGAAAUGUUAUGUCUUUUAUAUAUAUAUAAAACCCUAUUUGUAACUACAUCCUAAACUGGAAUAGAAACACCUGUUUCAUUGUAUCAUCAUUGUCUUUCUUCCAAUAUUGGUUUCUUACCUACAUAACAAAACCAACCUUAUCUCAAAAAGUUUAAGUUGAGAUCUAAUUAGAAAUGCACCCUGACAAGAAUCCCUUUGUUUCACCACUACCCUUCACCUCCCUCCCAGAAUUCAACAGGAAAUUAAAUCUCAGCCAUCAAAAAUGUACCUAAACCCCUCCUCCCCCAAUUCUAAAGUCCCAAACCCAUUCACUGGGUUUAGUCCUACUUGGUUUCAAUAACCUGUCCCAAUCUUCUUUUUCUGAUCCUUUAGACCUUUACAAAGCUUUAAUUUUCCGAGGAAAGUUAAGUGCUUCUCUUACAACAUCUCAUAUACCUCAUGCGUUAGAGCAAGUAUUAUUUUCUUUUAGAGAAAGCAAAUCCAGAGAGGUUAAGUGGACUUACCUGAUCCUCCUUUAGGCUCUGGGGAAGAGCUGCGUUUUCCAAGUUGCUGCUUUCUCUAGGUCAAUACUCCUAACUUCACUCUUCUUUAUCAGGUUCUAACAAUGGAACCACCACUUUUAGCCACAGUCCCCAUGAAAAGUUGAGUACCUACCCUUUCCUUAGAACAAAACCUUGGAUCCCUCAAGUACAUUUAAGGACUAGUUCUCGCUUCUGCGCAGGUUGAGCUCCCAGGUCCACCACCAGCAUUUAGGUGAAGGAGAAGUCCUUGCCCAAAUACUUUUUUCUCCUCUGUGGCUAAGAGCCCAGCUAUCCAGUCACCUAAUUAUCUGGACCCAGCAGCAUCAGCUUCCAACUCUACCUAUAAACAGGAAUAAAGGAAGUGUUUUGUAAUUGGCCUCCAUCUGAUUUAUAAGUGGGGUUUUGAUGAGAGGGUAUGGGACGUAACAUACUGUUGCACAGGUGGCCCUGAUACCCUACUCCCAGAAUAUUACCCAAGGAUUACAUAAUCUCUGCUUCAUUUCUAAUGCCAGGACACUGCCCUUUGGACCUGCAUG